AGCAUUGCACCAUUCCGCACGCAUCGGUAGAAGAAAAACACAGGUGAAACAUGCCUACAGAUACGAAACGUGUGAGGGGACCAGAGCUUUCCCAGAGUCCCUCCAUUUUUCAGCGCAAACCCCAAACCACUGAGAGGCUCCCUUCACAUGGAAAAAGAGAGGACGGCCGUCAGCGGGACCAGGUCGACGUUCGGCCCGUGUUCGUGCGCUGUGGGCUGGUCAGUCAAGCCAAAGGCUCCGCGUACAUAGAGGCUGGAAAUACAAAGGUGAUAUGCUGCGUUUAUGGACCAAGAGAGACUGAGCGCAAAGAUGAAACGGAUAUGAAAUGUGGAAGGUUGACAGCCGACAUGCGCUUUGCUCCGUUCUCCUGUCCAGAAAGGGGCUCAUGGAUCCAGGGAAGUCAGGACAAGGACUUCUCUCUGAUGGUUCUUGAGAGCCUACAGCCCGCGGUGUGCCUCCACAAGUACCCUCGCUCACAGAUCGAGGUCAAUGUAAUGGUCCUGGAGAACAGUGGGUCAGUUUUGGGGCAUGCUGUCACGUGUGCAUCUCUGGCCCUCGCAGACGCAGGGAUUGAGAUGUACGACCUUGUGCUUGGUUGUUCCAUGCGUCAGGAUGGGGACUCUUUUGUAGUAGACCCCACAUAUUUGGAGGAGACUCAUAGUGAUUCUACUGGUCAUGAUAAUCAAGGUGGCCUCACUGUUGCCUUCCUCCCCAGUCUGAACCAGAUCUCCGGAUUGCAGUCUGAUGGAGAAAUGACUGAAGAGACUUUGACAGCUGGGGUUCGCACCUGUAUUGAGGGAUGCUAUAAAUUGUAUCCUGUCAUCCAGCAAGCUUUAACCAAAGCAGUGCGUAAGGCAGCUCCACCACCUCCUGAGAGCUGAUGUGUACUUUAUAAAUUUAACUGUUUUCUACUAUGAAGACUUUCAGAUGUUAUGUGAAAUGUAUAUUUUCCAACACCAUUAUUGGUACAGUAAGACAUGUCCACAUUUAUUACAUACAUUUACAUAAUUUUUACAUACAAGUUUCAAUAAAACUAACAAUUUAUACAAAUUUA